AUGGUUUCGGUUGAUAAUGGUAAAGAUGAAAUUGAGGAAUCUAAUGGAAGUAAAGUCAAUGAGUUUGCUUCCAUAGAUAUUUCAACUUCUCGAAGAACACUCGUGGGAAAUGAAAACCCUCAGAGAAAAUUCCAGGGCACCUUGGGUUCUAUUCCCAAUAGGAUCAACUUCUUGAAAUUUGGGUCUGCAUCUGCCAAAUUCAAGCGGCUUGCAACAGAAAAGGACCAGAUUUCACAGGCCGUGCCUUCGCCGGGUUCUCUUCGCUUGAGGGAGCGCUUCAGUGGCAUGUUUGCUAAGAAACUUGACUGGGGUUCGCUCCAGAAGAUGUGUGCUGAAUGGAUUAAGGACCCAAUGAACAUAGCCCUUUUUGUCUGGAUCUUGUGUGUUGCUGUUUCAGGUGCAAUUCUGUUCCUUGUCAUGACUGGCAUGUUGAACGGUGUGCUUCCGAGGAAGUCUGAUAGAAAUGCGUGGUUUGAGGUGAACAAUCAAAUACUCAAUGCACUGUUUACACUGAUGUCUUUGUAUCAGCAUCCAAAGAGGUGCUACCACCUUGUGCUUCUGUGCAGGUGGAGUCCACAGGAUAUCUCAAAACUUAGAAAGGUGUAUUGCAAGAAUGGGACUUAUAAGCCCCAUGAGUGGGCACACAUGAUGGUAGUGGUCAUUCUCCUUAAUUUGAACUGUUUUGCUCAAUAUGCACUUUGUGGUCUAAACUUGGGGUAUAAAAGAUCUGAACGCCCGGCCAUAGGAGUUGGAAUAUGCAUAUCUUUUGCUAUUGGUGCGCCUGCAGUCGCUGGUCUAUAUUCCAUUCUUAGCCCUCUAGGUAAAGAUUAUGAUUCUGAGAUGGAUGAAGAAGCACAGGUUCAAUAUUCUGGUGCUCAGAGGCAAGAGCAGCUGAGAGUGAAAUCAUUUCAGAAGAAAUAUUCAUUUGCAUCCAGACAGCAACAAAGGGUUAUUGAAAAUAGACCACAGUGGAGUGGAGGAAUACUUGACAUUUGGAAUGACAUUUCUCAAGCAUAUCUAUCACUUUUCUGUACUUUUUGUGUCUUUGGUUGGAACAUGGAAAGACUUGGCUUUGGAAACAUGUAUGUUCACAUUGCUACUUUUAUGCUGUUCUGUAUGGCUCCCUUCUGGAUCUUUACCUUGGCUGCGGUUAAUAUUGAGGAUGACACUGUUAGACAGGCUCUAGUAGCUACUGGGAUCAUUCUGUGUUUUUUCGGUGCACUUUAUGGUGGCUUUUGGAGAAUCCAAAUGAGAAAAAGGUUCAAUUUACCUUCUUAUAACUUUUGUUUUGGCAAACCUUCAGCUUCUGAUUGCACACUUUGGCUCUGCUGUUGCUGGUGCUCUCUUGCUCAAGAAGUAAGGACGACGAAUAGCUAUGACAUUGUAGAAGACAAAUUAUAUAGGAAAGAAGGUUCUUCUAGUGACCAACAGCCAAUGUCACCUUUGCCUCGUGAAGAUGUGGCAUCAACCAAAUCUGGCACAAGUUCUCCUUUGGGUAACAACUCUUCCCCUUCUAUGAUCAAGCCAUCUAGUCCUCUAAGUUCAAGCAGUUUCUUGAAGGAAAAUCGUAGUCCAGAGAGGUCACUAUAUACUGUGAAAGAAGAGCUUUCUGAAAGAGGUAAAGAUGAGACAAUGAAUCCACCUAUUCCACCAUUAAUACAAAGGGAAUCUCCUUAG